CUCGCAGCAGAGUAGAGUCAGUAAGCAGCCAUGGCUCGUCUCGCCUUGGCCUCCUCCAUCAUCCUCCUCCUCCUCUGCUGCUGCGCCGCCGCGGGAUCAGUCUUCGACGACUCUAACCCGAUCAGAUUGGCCUCUGAUGGUCUCGGUGACUUCGACUCCUCUGUCCUCCAAGUCCUCGGCUACACUCGCCAUGCUUUCUACUUCGCCCGUUUUGUUUACAAGUACGGGAAGAGGUACGAAACAGUGGAGGAGAUGAAGCUCCGGUUCCAGAUUUUCAAGGAGAAUUUGGAUUUGAUCACAUCCACGAACAAGAAGGGACUGCCUUACACUCUUGCUGUUAAUCACUUUGCUGAUUGGACCUGGGAAGAGUUUCAGAGACACAGAUUGGGAGCUGCACAAAAUUGCUCUGCCACAACAAAGGGCAAUCACAAGCUCACCAAUGAUGUCCUUCCUGAGACGAAAGAUUGGAGGGAAAAAGGAAUAGUCAGCCCAGUCAAAGAUCAAGGGCACUGUGGAUCAUGCUGGACAUUUAGUACCACUGGAGCUCUGGAGGCAGCUUACCAUCAGGCGUUUGGAAAAGGAAUCUCUCUAUCUGAGCAGCAGCUUGUGGACUGUGCUGGGGCCUUUAAUAACUUUGGAUGCAAUGGUGGUUUGCCAUCCCAAGCCUAUGAAUACAUCAAAUACAAUGGUGGCCUUGAUACUGAGGAGGCAUACCCUUAUGUUGGACGAAAUGGUGAGUGCAAAUUCUCACCAGAAAAUGUUGGUGUCCAGGUGCUUGGUUCCGUAAAUAUCACCCUGGGUGCUGAAGAUGAAUUAAAGCAUGCAGUUGCCAUGGUUCGACCAGUUAGUGUGGCAUUUGAAGUUGUGAAUGGUUUCCGAUUUUAUGAGAAUGGAGUUUACACUAGUGAUAAAUGUGGUAGCACUCCAAUGGAUGUGAACCAUGCAGUUGUUGCCGUUGGGUAUGGAGUUGAAAAUGGUGUCCCGUAUUGGCUUAUCAAGAACUCAUGGGGAAAAAACUGGGGGGAUAAUGGCUACUUCAAGAUGGAGUUGGGGAAAAAUAUGUGUGGAAUUGCAACAUGUGCAUCAUACCCUGUUGUUGCGUGAUCUAGAUUUGAAGAACUUGCUGUAUUCGUCAGUAAUCAGUGUUAUUUAUCCGUCUCAAAAGGUGAAGAUUCAUUAUAUAGUAGAUGCUGUUGGCUUCACUUAUGGUCCUGUUAGAGACAUCCUUCUAAAACGUAAAUGCAUCGUAUGGAACAAAGACAUGCCGUAAAAUUUCCUCGUGAAUUAUUGUCAUGUAUAAAUUCACCCCAAUACUUUUAGGAACCACGUAUUGUUGUUUCUUGUUGCUGAAUAAAUUAUGCACUUAAUAGUAUCUUGUUGGGAUGUUUCCUAGGGGUUACAAGAAAUGCAUUUACCCGACACUGAUACGAUUACAGCUUAAAAAUUCAAGGCUGAAGAAUAGUUGAAUUGUAUGGCUUAAUAAACAAAUGUAAUCAUUAACUUACGAAAUCUAGGAAAAAAAAUCAAUUAAAUUUACCAAA